CGAAGCCAGGCGGGAAGAGAGACAAGACCGCAAAAGUGUAGGAGUUAAGAGCCAAGGGGUCUAUGCCAAUACGGGACGCAGAUUCUCACAGAAGAUGUGGGGCAGGGAUCAGAGAGAGCACAUAAGAGACAAUGUUCGCGACCUGAGGAGAAAGACAUGAAAGUUUGGGGGAUUUCACAUUAGCUGGAUAGAUGCUCUGAAGCUGAUAACUGAAUAGGCUCCUGGGUACUACCUGAAGACCGAGGAUAAUGCAAACCCAUAAAGCUAAGUGCAUGUGAGUGAGUUGGAAUCAAUCUUCCGAGGAGCGUUUUGAUGUUCAGUGGUUGGUUAUCACUGGAAAAGGCCGAGCAAGGGCGGAAACUAACAAACGAUCGAGACAUUGAUGUAAAGUGUAGCACCAUUUUUUGCAAAGGUUUGGGUCACUCUUUAUAAUGGGGAAUGCGGCAAUGUGUAAGGCAUGUGGUUCAGAUAAAGGCCUGCGGACCGUUGGAAGUGAUCCAUAUCUGGACCGUUCCUACAGUUCUGUGGCACAUACCAUGUCGGACAGUAAUACUAGCUUCCUAAGGGCGGCCAGGGCAGGUAAUAUUGAAAAGGUUCUGGAUUUCCUCAAGAGCGGACAGGACAUUGCCACAUGCAAUCAGAACGGACUAAAUGCACUUCAUCUAGCAGCCAAAGAGGGUCACGUGGAGAUGGUGGAGGAACUCUUGGAGAGGGGUUCAACCGUGGACUCUUCAACUAAGAAAGGAAACACAGCAUUGCACAUUGCUUGUCUGGCUGGGCAGAAAGAAGUUGCGAAGUUAUUGGUGAAAAGAGGAGCAGAUUUAAAUUCGCAGUCCCAGAAUGGCUUCACUCCACUUUAUAUGGCUGCUCAAGAGAAUCACCUGGAUGUUGUGCGAUAUCUUCUGGAGAAUGGUGGAAACCAGAGCAUUGCCACAGAGGAUGGUUUUACUCCUUUGGCCAUUGCUCUGCAGCAGGGUCAUAAUCAGGUGGUCUCUCUGCUCCUGGAACAUGACACAAAAGGUAAAGUCCGCCUGCCUGCCCUCCACAUCGCUGCCCGCAAGGAUGACACCAAAUCAGCUGCCUUGCUGCUCCAGAACGACCAUAAUGCUGAUGUCCAGUCCAAGAUGAUGGUCAACAGGACUACAGAGAAUGGAAAGAGUGGCUUCACUCCUCUGCAUAUUGCUGCUCACUACGGUAAUGUUAAUGUGGCCACGCUGCUGCUCAACAGAGGGGCUGCUGUAGACUUCACAGCCAGGAAUGGUAUUACCCCUCUUCAUGUGGCUUCCAAACGUGGAAACACAAACAUGAUUGCUUUGCUGCUAGAUAGGGGAUCUCAGAUUGAUGCCAAGACCAGGGAUGGGCUGACACCGCUGCACUGUGCAGCCAGAAGUGGACAUGACACUGCAGUGGAACUACUGCUUGAAAGAGGAGCUCCCAUACUGGCACGGACCAAGAAUGGCCUGUCCCCUCUGCACAUGUCUGCUCAGGGUGAUCACGUCGAGUGUGUGAAACACCUGCUGCAACACAAGGCACCGGUUGAUGAUGUCACACUGGACUACCUGACAGCCCUUCAUGUUGCCGCCCACUGUGGUCACUACAGAGUCACAAAAUUACUGCUGGAUAAAAAAGCCAAUCCUAAUGCCAGGGCUCUGAAUGGCUUCACUCCUCUGCAUAUUGCCUGUAAGAAGAACAGAGUAAAAGUCAUGGAACUGCUGGUUAAAUACGGAGCCUCAAUUCAAGCCAUCACUGAAUCCGGCCUGACCCCAGUCCAUGUUGCAGCAUUUAUGGGACACCUGAAUAUCGUUCUCCUACUGCUACAGAAUGGAGCCUCACCUGAUGUCUGUAAUAUUCGUGGUGAGACAGCAUUGCACAUGGCUGCAAGGGCAGGACAGAUGGAGGUGGUGCGAUGUUUGCUAAGGAACGGCGCUCUAGUGGAUGCCAUGGCCAGAGAGGACCAGACACCCCUUCACAUUGCGUCUCGUCUGGGUCAGACAGAGAUUGUGCAGUUGUUACUGCAGCACAUGGCUCACCCUGACGCUUCCACCACUAAUGGAUACACACCUCUGCACAUCUCCGCUCGUGAAGGUCAGGUGGAGACGGCUACAGUGCUUCUGGAGGCCGGAGCAUCUCACUCACUCGCCACUAAGAAAGGCUUCACUCCCCUACAUGUUGCUGCUAAGUAUGGAAGCCUGGAUGUGGCAAAACUCCUCCUACAGCGGAGAGCACUUCUUGAUGACACUGGAAAGUACGGUCUCACACCUCUGCAUGUAGCUGCUCACUAUGAUAACCAGCAGGUGGCGAUGAUGCUCUUGGAUAAAGGGGCUUCACCUCACGCUACUGCUAAGAACGGCUAUACGCCCCUCCACAUUGCGGCAAAGAAGAACCAGACUCAGAUUGCCUCUGCGCUGCUUCAGUAUGGAGCAGAGACCAAUGCACUGACCAAACAGGGAGUGAGUCCUUUACACCUGGCAUCUCAGGAGGGGCACACAGAGAUGGCCUCCCUUCUGCUGGAGAAGGGUGCACACGUCAAUGCUGCCACUAAGAGUGGCCUCACAUCUCUUCAUCUCAGUGCUCAGGAGGACAGAGUGCAAGUGGCUGAAAUACUGGUCAAGCAUGAUGCAAUCAUAGACCAGCAGACCAAAUUGGGCUACACUCCUCUUAUUGUUGCCUGCCACUAUGGAAAUGUCAAAAUGGUGAAUUUCCUUUUGCAAAAUGGCGCUAAUGUCAAUGCAAAAACUAAGAACGGUUACAUGCCACUUCACCAAGCUGCUCAGCAGGGAAAUACACACAUUAUCAAUGUCCUGCUGCAACAUGGAGCCAAGCCUAACGCCAUCACCAUGAAUGGAAACACAGCACUCUCUAUUGCUAAGCGACUAGGGUACAUCUCAGUGGUGGACACUCUGAAAGUUGUUACCGAGGAAACAAUCACAACAACAACUACGGUGACAGAGAAACACAAGCUGAACGUUCCAGAGACAAUGACAGAAGUUCUGGAUGUGUCGGAUGAGGAGGCCCAACAUCAGAUGGAGGAGGAGCUUUUUACUGAAGUCUCUAUGGAGAUUGAAGGUGAGGACACAAUGACAGGUGAUGGAGGAGAGUACCUGAGAGCAGAGGACCUGAGAGAGCUUGGUGAUGACUCUUUACCUGGACACUACCUGGAUGGCAUGAGCUACAUCCACAACCUUGACCGUUCCCAUGAGCCCCCCAGUCAUCUUGCUUACAGGAGCGAAGGAAUGUUGAUUGAGGAUAUGAUCACCAGCCACCAGAUUAAUAAGGUGUCUGCAUUCUCUCGAGAGCACGAGAAAGACUCAUUUCGACUGAGCUGGGGUGCUGAACAUCUGGAUAAUGUGGUGCUAACUAGCACUCUCCUGCAGUCAGGCCGAUCUACCCCAUGCCUUGACAAUGACAACAGCAGCUUCCUGGUCAGUUUCAUGGUAGAUGCCCGUGGCGGUGCCAUGCGUGGCUGCCGUCACAAUGGACUACGCAUUAUUGUGCCACCUAGAAAGUGCUCAGCACCUACACGGGUCACAUGUCGUCUGGUGAAGAGGCACAGACUUGCCUCUAUGCCCCCUAUGGUGGAGGGAGAAGGGCUCGCAGGCAAGCUCAUUGAAAUUGGACCCACCGGAGCCCAGUUUCUCGGUAAACUCCACCUCCCAACAGCCCCUCCACCUCUUAAUGAGGGUGAAAGUCUUGUCAGCAGAAUUCUGCAGCUGGGUCCACCCGGCACCAAAUUCCUCGGGUCUGUGAUAGUGGAGAUCCCUCACUUUGCUGCAUUGCGUGGGACAGAGAGAGAGUUAGUGAUUCUGCGCAGUGAGACAGGAGAGAGCUGGAGAGAACAUCACUGUGAGCACACAGAAGAGGAGCUGAAUCAGAUACUCAAUGGCAUGGAUGAGGAACUGGACUCUCCUGAGGAGCUGGAGAAAAAACGAAUCUGCCGCAUCAUCACACGGGAUUUCCCACAAUACUUUGCAGUGGUGUCUCGCAUUAAGCAGAACAGUCACCUGAUCGGUCCAGAGGGCGGGGUGUUAAGCAGCUCACUUGUUCCACAGGUCCAGGCUGUGUUCCCAGAGGGAGCAUUGACUAAACGGAUACGCGUUGGGCUACAGGCACAGCCCAUCAGUGAGGAUCUGGUGAGGAAGAUCCUUUGGAAUAAGGCUACAUUCAGCCCAAUUGUUACUUUGGAGCCUAGAAGACGCAAGUUUCACAAGCCCAUUACCAUGACUAUUCCUGUCCCUAAAAGCCCAACCAGUGACGGGACCACCAGUACACCCACUCUACGAUUGCUGUGUAGUAUUACUGGUGGGACGACCCCAGCACAGUGGGAGGACAUAACUGGAUCCACACCACUAACAUUCAUCAACCAGUGUGUUUCAUUUACCACUAAUGUCUCAGCAAGGUUCUGGCUUAUAGAUUGCCGUCAGAUCCAGGAGUCUGUGAACUUCUCCAGUCAGCUGUAUCGUGAGAUCAUCUGUGUUCCCUAUAUGGCCAAGUUUGUCAUCUUUGCCAAGACGUUGGACCCUAUUGAAGCACGACUGCGCUGCUUCUGUAUGACGGAUGAUAAGAUGGACAAAACUCUGGAGCAGCAGGAGAACUUCACUGAGGUGGCACGAAGUCGAGACGUUGAGGUACUAGAGGGAAAACCAAUCUUUGCUGACUGCUUUGGAAAUUUGGUCCCACUGACCAAAAGUGGACAGCACCAUGUGUUCAGUUUCUACGCCUUUAAGGAAAAUCGUCUUUCUCUCUUCAUCAAAAUUCGUGACAGCACUCAAGAACCAUGUGGCAGGUUGUCUUUCACAAAAGAGCCAAAAACAUAUCGCAGUCUAAACCAAAGUGCAAUAUGCAGUCUGAACAUCUGCCUACCUGUCUACUCAAAGGAAUCUGAUUCUGAUCAAGAUGCAGAUGAGGAGAGUGAGAAGACGCAUGGGAAAUAUUAUGAUGGAUCUGAGUCAACAGAGCUUUCCACGCUGCAAAUCAUACAUGAUCCUGCCACACUUGCAAGUCCAGAUCUGCUUUCAGAGGUGUCUGAUAUGAAGCAAGACCUGAUUAAGGUGUCGGUCCUUCUGGCCUCUGAAAAAUCUGACAAAUCCUGCUCCUUGGAUGUCAGAGAGGGAUCUGACAAGGCUGCAGAUGAGGAAGUGGAUGAGCCAUUUGAAAUCGUUGAAAAAGUGAAAGAGGACUUAGAGAAGAUGGAAGAGAUCCUCCGUGAUGAUACAAAGGAUUAUACAAAGAGGGAAGGUGCUGUUGGGAGAUCUGUAACCAUUGAUGAUGAGGAUUGGGUACUUCUCAGUGAGACAGAUGUUGAGGAAACCCAAAGCAAAAAUAUCACUGAGGUCCAAGAAGCAGGUAUUCAGGAAGUUCGAAUCCUACGAGACACUAUAUCCAGUUCUUCACCUAAGAGGGAUAUUUCAGGUAUGAUUUCGUACCUCAGCAGUGACUUAGAACAGUGUCUGCAGGAAACACCUGUACCAUUUAGUGAAUCACAAGACAUGUAUAGUGUUCAAGAAAGAUUUAAAGAGGUUGUUGUGACACGUGGUAAGCCCCGUCCAACAGAAAUUAAAAAGCCAGCAAGGAAAAAGCGUAAAGAGGGGGAGUUUGCAAGUGGCAGUUCAGAAGAUGACUUGGAAAGGAUGAGUAGGAGUCAGUCUGAGGAGUCUCUUGAUGAAGAUGCAGUUAUCGGUGGAUCUGAACCUGUCUUUGGAUCUAUUCCUGCAUCUCCUAGAAUUGUAGAAACUCCGAUUGGAUCCAUUAAGGACAAGGUUAAGGCACUGCAGAAGAAGGUUGAAGAAGAGAAUGAGGUGGACAGUCAAAAGUGGAAAUCCCAAAAAGCGAGAACUUCCCAUAGUAAGUCAUAUGUCACAGAGACAGACAAAUCACCCAAGCUUCCUCCAAAAUCCCCCAGAUCCCCAAAGUCGCAGACGGAAAGGAUAGAGGAAACUAUGUCUGUAAGAGAGUUGAUGAAGGCAUUUCAGACUGGCCAGGAUCCAUCGAAAAGCAAGUCUGGACUUUUUGAACAUAAAGCAAUUACGCCUGUUGUGUUACAGGUUCCCCAAGUAUAUGAUAACCAAAUGACAGAAACAACUGAAAUGCCAAGUCCUAAUGUGAUGCAGAUUCCCCAAACAUAUGAUAGUCAAAUGACAGGAUCAUCCCAACAUUUACAACAAAGAGCAGUUACAACUGUAACCUCUGAAGCAUCAAGUUCUGAUGUGAUGCAGAUUCCUCCAACAUACAAUAACCAAAAUGCAGAAUCAACCCUACGUUUACAAGAAAAAAUAAUAGUAGAAAACAAGAUCCUUCAAGAAUCAUCAUGUAUUGACCUAAACACAAUUCAGCAUAAACCAAUGAUUGAUGAUGGUGAAACACUACAUGAAAAACCACUGACGACCAUUCAAAAUGAAGGUGAUCAAGCUGUAACUUCCAACAUUAUAUUUAACUUUGAAGAGGAAAGCUCUCCAGAAAACCUGUUCUCUAAACAAACAGCAAAUGACCAAAAUGGAAAACCAUCUCAGGAACCAGGACAAUUUGAAACUCAGGAACAAGAUCCUGGAACUCAGAUUGAUUCUGAACUGUUAGUUAAUGAAGACCUGGAGUUGAUGCCUGAGAGAAGGCAUAAUGAAUAUAACAUCCGUCAGAACAGGAGAUUGUCUGUGGAGCCUCAGAUAAGCCCAGACAGGAAAAUAUCAGAGGACUUCAGUGCAGAUAUUAAGGCAGAACUUGAGGACAAUCCUAAAUAUCUGAUCUUUAGGCAAACUUCAGGUGAAGCAAGUAAACAUUCUUUAAUGUGUAGUGAUGGCGUUUCUUUAGAAGAUGAGGAGCAGAUACACCAGGCAGCUGUGGAUCCAAGUAAAUCUAAAAUAAUCACCACAUUUGCUACUGCAAUGGAGCAAGGUGAGCCCUUAUGUCAAAGUGAAAUGCGUGAUAGAGCAUUGGAAGCAUUGGAAGAAAGUCCUGAUAGUGACAAAUAUGAGGCCUUGGCAUACUCUCCUGGCAAUAGUAUAAGGACAAGGACUCCUCACUCUAGCACAGGUGAUGGUGAGAGAGUUGAAGGACUUGCUGAAACCCCUCAAAAUAGUCCUGAAAUCCUUGUUUUAUCUUUCAGUUCAACUAGUAAAGAAACAGAAGACAGAUAUCCAGGGGAUAAGGAGACAACUCACCAGUCAAGUUUGGUGAAACCACAUGAAAGAGCAGAGAGUGGAUCAUGUUUAGUAACCUCGAUAAAAAGGAAGACUGAAUCAACUUAUGAUACUAUGAUUGAAUCACCUUCCCUAUUCACCAAGAUUGAGUCACCAUCCAAUGAUGAUUCUAAGAUGGAUACACCUUCUCCAUCCACCAAAACUGAGUCACCAUCCUCUGCUUUUUCAAAGACAAUAAUUCAGGAUCAAGUUUUAAAAUGGGAGAGUGAAACAUCAGCAAAUUUUAUGAUUGGAAGUGAUUUAAGCUGUAAAGAUAGUAUACAGUCAAAAGAAUCAGAUGUAAUUACUGAGUCUGAGAAAAUACCACAACAUAGUCAUCACAUUCAAGAUGCACUAGAGAGACCUUUUAGCUUAGAUUCUCUGCAGCUUGCAACCAUAAAUGACUCUAAAACUGUUUGUAGAACAGACUCGCUUGAGACUACUCCCAUCAGAGAAGAUGGAUCAUCCCAAAAAACCCCAGAUUCUAUUGAGCCAAGCCCAACCAAGGACUCCCCAUGUCAAGACUCUUUAGAGGGAAGUCCCACUGGGCAAGAAUCUGGUCAACUGAGUUAUACUGAAAGGGUCUUCUCAACAAGUCAGACUUUCAUUUCUGACUCCAGGGAAAAUGUAGAAAAAGAAAUUGUUUCUAAACAAAAUUUAGAAAGUGAGUCAUCCCAAGGUUUACACGAGAAUUCAGAUAUGCAGUGCCUUUCCAUGACCCUCGAGCAAAAAGAAAAGGUGCUUGAGAGUGACUAUCUUCAUGACUUUGACACUUUACAAAAGCAAUUCACUCCAGAAGAAGAGAUGUUUAAGAUGGCUGCAAAGAUCAAAACAUUUGAUGAAAUGGAAAAGGAUGCAAAGGUUAAAAAGGUCAAAUUUGAUUUUGAUUGUGGUUAUAACCAACCAAAAGAUGAAGAAGUGCUGUCACCACAUAAAAGUCCACUAGACUUUAACACAAUGUUAACCAAAGAAUCAGAAGAGCAGUACUUGGAGAACCUUACUGAACCUGGCCCAAUAUUACCGUUACAUUCUUCAUUGUCAGAAGAUGAUUAUGACAGCCCUGAGUUGGAUGAAUCAACUCACAAACUCUCAGGAGAAACCACUGAGGAUUUAGAGUCAAUGGACAAAGGUGCGGAGGAACAUUCCUAUUUAAAGAUAGAUGAUUUACAGACAUGCAUAGACAUACCAUCUAUGCAAACACAUCAAGAGGACGAGGAAGACAAGUUACCUUCGGAGUACCAUGGUAUAGUGAUUGGUGAGACUACAGCUGAGGAGGAUCUCAUUAUAACAACAGCAAAGAGCAAAAUGGGCACUGAGAUGGCUGGUGAUGUUGAUUCAAAGUCUAAUGGUGAGAGCGCAACUUCUGAAAAAGUACUUGAACCAGUUUCUCCCAUUGAUAACGUAGGUGCAACUGCUGCUACAAAGCAAGUGCAGGAUGAAUCCCAGCCAGAUUCAUGUAUUCAUGAAGAGGACAAUGAAGAGAAGGCUGAAGAAAUCCCAGUAUCUAUUCCAAGAGACCUGGUUCCCUGGAGUGCUGAAGUGGAAGAUGAUGAGGCAUUCGAUGCAAAAAUUGAAGCUGAGGAACAGAAAAUACUUGCUUUGUGUAUAGACAGACAUUCCCAUGGAACCACACCGGACACAACUCCAGGACGCACCCCUACUGAAGAGGGGACACCAAAUCCUUUCCUCUUCCAAGAGGGAAAAUUAUUUGAGAUGACCAGAGGUGGCGCUAUUGACAUGACCAAAAGGAGCAUAGAGGAGGAAGAAGAAAGGUUAGUCUUUUUUCCAAUAAAUGAAGAUCCAAGUGAAGAAUUUGAACAGGUCAAUUUCAGUGCUGGUGAGUUUGUUGCAAUAGCUUCAUCUGGGUUGCCUGCAGAUGGUUUAGUGCAUCAAGACAGAAUUACUGAGGAACCUGAUGCAAAGUUUGAUGACUUUAGUAUAACUGGAACUAAAAGUGUUCAACCAGAACAUCCAGAAUGGUAUGAUUAUCAUAUCCUAAGUGAACCAAAGAGCCACACAGAGGAUAAUGGUAUCCAUGAAGACACACUGAUAUCAAAUGUGGACACUGCCACUUAUACAGUAACACGAACAGUUUAUUCUGAGCAAGACCCAGAAUCCUCUGACUCUUCAGUGGAAGAUGAACAGCAUUCUGUUGUUGAAAUGCCCAUAUCCACCCAUGUAUCUACAAUUUACCCUAGUGCAUCAAUCUGUACUACAUCACCUUCAGUGUACACUCCAUCCAAGGACAUUGUUGCUGAAGUAGAAGGAACAACAUAUAAACCAAAAAUAGCUGUGAAAGCAGCCAGUUUUGACCAAAUUUUAGGAAAAGGGGACUCCAUUGAGCAGAAUCAAAGACCUAAAUCUGAAGCAGAUACUGGUGUUUCAGAAUGCUCCAUGUCCGUUGUGGAAGGUCUCACUAAUAUAAACAGCAGCUACACCAAACCGAAGACUUCAUCCUCCCAGAAGACUGUUUUGCCCACACAGUCUCCUAAACAGGAUGCUGUUUCCAGUCAACCUGAACUUCUUGCCAAAUUCUCUCAGGAUUUGGACCCUUCAGGGAGCAUAGUGUGUGAUGAAACCAAAGGAGAGAAAACUUCUAUUGAGUUAGGAAGAGAAAGUAGUUUGAAAUCAAUUCGACCACCGUCCAUUGGCGAUGAUGUCUUUGAGUCAAGGCCCAACUGGGAAGAUUGUGUGGAGACACAGAUGCAGAGAAUCUCAGACAGCACUACCCCAGACCAAAGUAAAGUGGAUUGGCAUGAUGAUGCAGAUAGGAAAGAAGAGACUUUGGCCAUCAUUGCUGACCUUCUAGGUUUUAGCUGGGCAGAGCUGGCCAAAGAGUUGGAGUUUAAUGAAGAUGAGAUUCAGCGAGUGCGCACUGAAAAACCGAAUUCACUACAAGAGCAGAGUCAUGCUCUUUUACAGCUCUGGAUAGAGAGAGAAGGAAAGCAUGCAACUGAAGAUACGUUGAUUAAAAGACUCACUAAAAUAAAUCGCAUGGACAUUGUCCAUCUUAUCGAGAUUCAAAUGCACAGGUCAAUCCACGAGCAAACCUCAAGAACAUAUGCAGAGAUUGAAAGGACCCUGGACCACAGUGAAGCUCUCUCCUCAGUCCAAGAGGAUGGUGACAGUGUUCGUGUGGUGCAGAGAAUGGAGACUUCACACAGGUAUCCUCCAGCUGUGUCAGAAGAAGACUUAUCUGUGGCCUCUCUCCUUGACAUUCCCUCAUGGGCUGAAACAAUGGGACACGUCCAUUCAGAGAGCAUUCAUGGGGAUAUGAUUGAAGAAUUGGAGAUCAAUCAGGACAGCUUCACCAAUCCAUGGCUGCUUCAAGAGGUCAAAAAAGAAUCCACAAAGGAAGCCGCAGAUGAAGAAGUUUCUGCAGAAUCUGAGGAGGAUAAUCAAGUUCAGUGUGACGUUUCAGACAAUGAAAAUGUUUGUCUCUCUUCAUCACCAAUCAGUGUGAAGACUCAGUCAGAAUUCCACCAACAAUCAACAAAGGCAUCUCAGAAUAUCUUUGAUUUCGGUCAGGUGUCUAUUGCGAGAUCUUCUUCAGGUGAAAAUUCAGUUGUUUUGUCAACAGUUGAACCUGAACACAAAGUACCUGACCUACUUCAAAACGCUUCACCAGUGAGUCAAGAAGAAACUCAACUCCAAGAAGAAAAGUAUCAAGAUGAAAGUUCUGUGUGUCUUGAUCAAGUCUCACCUGUAUACGAAAAAAGUGAUUUAGAAAGCAAUGAAAAAUCAUUAGAGGCACAUCUCGUUGAAUCUGAUGAAACUUCAGACACUAUGAAGUCGUCUCCAUGUCAUGAAAGCAUAGUUGAUAUAUUAGUUCCUCUGAGCGAUCAAAUAAUCGGACAAAAUAUUAGUCCUUCAUUUUCCCCUGAUUCUCUUGUAAGGGAGGCUGAUGAAGCCGACUCACACAGUGUUGAGGUGAAUCCAGGUGUUUCAAGAGUGACUCCAGACCUCAUUAAGGGCUCUCCGGAAUCAGAUCAGGUCUUUCUUAUCCCAGAAAUGCUUGAUGAUUUGGAUCAAGUGCCAUCAUUGCAAAGCAUUGAAUCCUCUCCUACAAUUGACUCUGCCUCACUGCAAUCAUCUACCCAUCAUGAGAUUACAGUUUUAAACCAAGAACAAUGUAAUAACAAAACCACCCCACAGCAACCUUCAGAGCCUGAAGUUGAUCAUAGGAUAGACCAACAAAUUGAUUCCCAUGAACAUGAACCACAUCCGCAACUAUUAGAGUCUCCAGAGCAAAAGCCAGAAACAUUAGAGGUCUAUUGUGAAGAUGAGGAAGAUGAAUAUUGUCCUGAGAAGGGAAAAGUAUGCACACAAUUGAAUUUAACCACUGAACAUCUCAUAGAUUACAGUCAUGGCUUUAAGAAAGAACUGUUCUCCCAAUCUGAGACUGACCCAAAUAUGUGGAUUCAAAGCGAAACUGAACAGCUGAGUGAAUAUUCACCUUUCUGUAACUCUGACCUUAGUCCACAAACACCAGAAACAGUUAUAACUUCUCAGUAUUUUGACUUCAGGGAGAAGUCUUCUGAACUUGGGUCAGCGACUAUUUCAAAGGAGGCUGUGGUAUCCAAAGGUUUAAGACGACUUCUGUCUGAGUCAAUAAUUUGUAGUGCAGCCGAACAGUCAGAAGAAAAGCAUAUUAACCGGUGUCUCUCAGAGUCCUCUGAACCCUUGAUGCUCGCUAUGAACAUGAAUCCAGCGCUUAAGGAACCUGUUUCCCAGGAGGCAGGACUAGCUCUGCCUCUCUCUCAAGAUGGCAGGGACAAGGCCUUAACUACCAAAGAUUCCAAACGACUACUGUCAGACUCAGUUAUGUCCAGUGCAACAUCCCAAAAAUCAGAGGAAAAGCACUCUGCCUGUUGUCUUUCUGACUCUUCAGAACCCUUGAUAAUCAGCAUGAAUUCAGUGCUUGCGGAACUUAAGAAAGCAGUUCAACCAGAACAGCCAUUAUCUGAUGAAACUCUCAGCUCCGAGCUCAUUCUUGAUGUAUCCCAAGACUCAUUCACAGGAGAACUACAAUCAUCAGUUGAAGAAACGUCAACUGAGUCUCCCAAAUCUAGUGAAAAUGUUGAAAUAGAAAUCCCUGAUUUGCCAAAACCUGGCAAAGUUGAAAAACCAAAACACAAAGAUUUACUAAGCGUUGAUCAGCAACAUGAUGACUCUGACCUUGAGGCUUUUUUCGACUGCAAGCAGACCAUUUCAGACAAUUCUGAAGCAGAAGAAGAACCUCGGAAAAGCACAACGGCGCUGAGUGAUGAAGUCUUAAGGUUGACUGUUCAUGAAUUACAACAACAACCAAAUGUCAGAAGUCCCUCAGGAUAUAUGCCAUCCAAUGAGAACCCUAGUUGGUCAAUCAGGUCAUCAGACAGUGAAGAAUUUGAGGAUUCUCCCAUCAUCCACGAACCCAAUGAUGAUGAAGAGGAGAAAGAUGUUUACUUUCCAUGUCAGCAGAAAAGUCUGGAAUCUUCUACACGAACUCCUCAGGAGCUUCCUCCUCGAGGAGAGGCUGAGUAUAAUGAUGAUGAUGAUCUGAGGAGGGAGAUUGAUGAGGCUUUAGGUGUGCUGUCAGAUAGCUCCGAUGAGGAUGUGCUGACCACCAGAGUUGUGCGAAGGAGAGUAAUUAUUCAGGGUGAUGAUGUUCCAGAUGUUCCUCCAGAGUCUGUAACAGAAGAGAAGUACACAGAUGCACAGGGAAACUUGGUUGUGAAGAAGGUGACCAGGAAGGUCAUUCGACGAUGUGUCUCAUCUGAUGGGGUGGAGACUGAGCAGGUGAGGGUGGAGGGCUCCACCCAGCAGCCGAUCAGCGUGGCACCAGGGGACGGAUACUCGAAAGUAAUAAAGAGGACAGUACUGAAGAGUGAAGGACAUCAGACAGAGGUGACUUUCCAUGAGAAAGACGGCAUGUUAGCUUCAAAGGGGGAAUCUGCUGUAGGCCAAGAGGUCAGACAGGUGGUCCAGACGACAGUAACACAUGGAGAACAGCUGGCAAAGCUCGAGGGAGAUCCUUUCCUCACCCCAGACCUGCCCUCUGCCCGGGAUGACUUCACCCAGGCUCUAAGCUACUUUGGAGGUUUUAGGAAGGUUCAGAUCCCUCAAAUGGUAGAACAGGAAAUACAGCAGCCUGAUGGAUCUGUGAUAAGGAGGACGAGGAUGCAGAAGUCUAGAACCCACAGGAGGUCAGUAGAGAGGGAUGCUGGGGGACAGAAGCGGGUGUGCGUGGAGCAGAUUGACGAUCAGUCUGAGCCCCAUGACAACCUACAGCAUCACCUCCAUCACCUCAUUCACCACUACUGUGCCCAAAACCACUGAGAGGAAUAGAAGGAGGAAGCUGAAGAGAAGUUUGAGUGAUAGUUUCCCCUUCAUUUUCCUCUCCCUAUCUGCAUCGCUCCUCUCUUUGAGUCUGUCCACCCUCCUAACCACUCCUAUGCACCAUGCUCAUGCAAUCCCAGAGUGCACUUCACUCCUGCCACUUCCAGUCUUCCUGUCCAGUCAAACUGGAUGUCCACCCAGUUUAAGUCAACAGACAAUAUUUUCUCUCUCCUUAUUCUCCACAGUUUACCAGAAGUGUUUAUCUGUUUGUCUUUCAAUGUGACCAACUGGUGUCCUUUCCUUUCCUAAUCCCUCAAUUAUAAUACAAAUGAAAUAAUGAACACAAACAAAAGAAAUCACAAUAACCAAAAAAAAAGUUUUUAUCAAAACAGAAAAAAAAGUCCUGGUUGUUCAUACUCAGAACAUUUAAGCUUGAACUAACAGAACCUGUACUGCACUGCCUACCACAACUUUUGAAUAUCGUUGCAUUAUAUCGCCACAUAAUGCCAUGCUCUUUUGAUCUCAACGGUUGAGAUGUCUGAAAACUUCUUGCCUUCUUUAUCAGCUGUUGGGAUUAUUGUGUGUCUGUGUAUUCUGUCCAUGGAGAGUAUAUAUAAUAUGCAUUUUUAAAAUGACAGUAGAUCACAUUAGCCACCUGUAAGGAUAUUAGCAGGCAUGCUUAGCUAGCAGCAGUCACUUAUUAAUAACAGACUCUUUCUAUGGUUAGACGACUGUCUCUUUCCUCUCACCCCUCUCUUUGUGUCUGUGAUCUGUAGCAGUUCUAUCAUUAUCAUAGUUAUCAUGACAUCUCAGUAGAGCUUUUUGUUGCAAUAGAACAAAUUAACAUGCAGCUUAUGGUUUAAAGUUAAUUUAGCAAGCAUUUAAAGAGGGACUCAGGAAGGUAGAAUCAAAUUCAAGUGAUCAGUUAUACAUAAGUUAUACAUAUGAUUCUAUUUGUAACUUUCUGAAUUUAUAAUUUUCUUUGAGUAUGUGUGUUUGAGUGUUUGUAAAAAAUGUGAUUUUUAUUUUCAGAUUAUAUUGAUUUUGUUCUGUACAUAUUGCUCUGAUGAGGAAUCUUGCUCUGAGGUAUUUGUGAUGGUGAUCGCUUUUAAAAAGAUGUUACUGGUUCCGGAAGUGAGGAUAACGGAUGUAUUUUUUUAUUUUUAAAGAGUGUUUUAUUUUUAUGUAUUUCAUUUAGAUACUUUGUGUGUGUCAAGAAACAUAAGUGGGAAUAUUCUCUUUAC